GUGUCAUCUUAUUUCUCGAUGAUUUAAUACCAUUUAGGUUCAUGGUGCACCCUCUGCCCUCUUUGUCUUAUUUAAUCCUCCUCAUUGACAUAUCAAUGUGCGGAUCGCGCGUUACGCAACAGUAAAGAGGAGCUUCACUCGGAAAAGCUGCUACGCGAGGCAAGGGCGAAAUUUAAGCAGAUUUGUGUUCAGGUUUUUAUUUUUUUAUUUUUUGCUCUACUGUAUUCCUGCUGUGAUCAUUUGUGGGCGCAAAUCACGCCAAAGGGAACGACCUGGAUGCACAUCAUGGAAGUGAAAGAAACAUCGGAGGGAUGUUUUGGCAAUUCACUCUUGGAGAUCUUAGUGCAACGCUAACAGAAAAUUACGGUAAUUUCCCUCAUUGGAAAAACAACAACAAUGUUUUUAUCGCUACUUUGUUCCAAUGUUAUGCGAGGUUGUAAAUAAAUAUUGUGCACGAUGACUUCAUUCCAUUUUUAUCUCGGGACAGCUUGUUGGUGAAGAGGCUCAAUUGCAUGCAGCACUUGCUUAUUCUCAUUCCAAAGGAUUAUCCCGCAAAGUAAUCAGCGGAUGAAGCAACGUGACCGAAUCCAUGUUUCAUAUCUCCUCACCGUGCCUAUCGGAAAGGAAGUUGUCGUUUGGUGAUAUUUUUUCUUUGGUCUGCGCAGCGCACAAGCGGACGACGACCUCGCGCAUGAGCGGCCAAUGGAGCACGAGAAGGUGACGGGGGCAAUUCAAACGAAAUCUGUCCCCGAUUUACCCCCGGGCUCAGCUUUCCUGCCGUCCGUGAGCAGGGGGAAAUUGGACGGCGACGAGCUGCCGGACGUCCCCUUCGGGCUGCAGCCUACGGGGAAAGGUCAAGUCACUGCUACUUGCUGCCAGUUGGGUAGACUGAGCAGCAGUGACGAAGAGGAGAAGAGGGAGGACGUCGAGGUGCAAGUCAGAUUGGAGAUCCACAGUCCGCCGCCGGACACACCGGCGCAGCUCCGAGAAGACCAAGCCACGGAAACGCAUCCUUCUCCCCCCUCUGCAUCUCUACCUGAAAAGGGUAGGGCGACAAAGGACCCCGUGGCACCUUCUCCGCCACCUGUGCUCUCCUGCUCCAUCUCACCCCCAAGCCCCAAAACACCUCCCCCCACCACACUCAGACACUGGGCACCCCCAAAGGGCUUCUGGAGGGUGGCCCGGCCGGAGACGUUGCUUCUCAACAACGUGGAUCCCCAUAACGUUGCCUCGGCUUUAUCCUGCAAGGACUUCGCUCGAGGGGAGGACGAGACCGAAGGCCAGGGAGACAUUGUGGCAAAUGCGGACAAGCAGCAUUUAGUAGCAGGCGCUGAUGAGAAAUUGAAAGAAAAGUGCAAAGAAGAAGGCAGAGAUGAAGAUGCCAAAGAUGAUCAAGAUCAGGGAGCCCAUGGCACUUUAGAGGACUUGGUCACGCUUCAGGAACUGGAGCCCUAUUUGAGAUCUCUCCUGGUAAUCGGCGAUGAACUCCCUCUGAGUCCGAGGCACGAGCAAGCCAAGCGUCUCCUGGAGCGAGCGCGCCUCAAGGCUCGCUCCAACCCGGUCAAAGGCGACCGCCCCGGCAGACGCUCCCACUCUGAUCACAGGGCGGCUGUAAAGAAGCCGCAAGUUGAGGCUCACAAUCCCAAAGCCGUUCAAGCCGCCCAAAGUGCGUCCGCUCCCCUCCUGGCCCCUGAGCAAGGAGACGCCUGGGACCCCGGCGAUGGGCUGGCCGGAUCCAGGCGCUACGGCUGCUCGCCCACCCGGGUACGCUUUGAGGACGAGUCGGAGAGAGAAGCCGAGUCUCGCUAUUUGGACAGGGUGCGACAGCGCGGGCGACCUGCCGUGCCAAAGUCCAAAAACAGGGACAGCAACACAGAUUCCAGCAGUAGCGGUUCCGAGAGGAGUCGGAGCCACAGGAGCGUCUCCGUGCCUGCUCUCCAGAAGCGAGAGACGCUCGUCGGCGCCGAAAGCGCCACGGUGAUUCGAGAGAUCGUAGUCCUGGUGAAGAAAUGCCAGGCCUGCGGUUCUGUGGCGAGGGAACCUCAGCCCGUCUCCUCGCAGAUCAUCGACUUACAGCAGAGCGCCGACCCGGAGGACGCGAGGGGCCGACCGGUUCCUUGCUGGGUGCCUCCCAGCAAAGCGGAAGUCAGCAGCCGUCCCAAGGCUCCUCUGACGGUCACCUUUGCGGGUGCCUUUGUUCUGGGGGAGAACAAAGAAAGAAGCACAGGCUGGAAAUCAUCCGGUUUUGGGAAGCUGAGGAGAAGGAGCAGGAAAGGAGAAAGCCGACUGGAGUCCGGCAACGGGCCCUACGGUCCGUCCUGGGCCCAGAGGCGGAACUCCAAUCCCAGGAAUAGAGUCAACCUGAGCAGAGGCGUUUCCUUCGGUAGCCCGCGCUCCGGCGGAGCAAGGGACGCGCCCACCCUGCCCAUCAAAUCUGCUCUCAAGUCAAGCUCCAGGAAUCGCUCGGCUGCCGCUCAGUCCACCGUGCAGUUCCAGACGGCGGCCAACCAGGGAAGCGAAGCCGGGCCUCAGCAUUUGGACCGGCCGGAGGUCCGGAGGGAGUCGCCUGCCUCGACGUCCCUCGCGCUAAGCAGCGACCCGGCGGCGUGCUUCCGGCCCUCCACGCUGAGGUACUCCCCUGCUCGUCUCAACCCGGAGGUGCCAGCUGCCGACGUCUGGGACGCCGCUUCGGAUGGAGCGGUGGCGGCGACAGACACGGGAGCCGGGUCCGAGUUCCACCCCGCUACGCGCAGCGCGGCGGCCUCGUCUCGGGCCGAGGAUCUCAGAGCUGAGCUGUUGAGAGCCGAGCAUCUGAGAGCCGAGCAUCUGAAAGCCGAGGCCGUAUGGGAGGACAACUGGGAUGGAUCCAGGAAGCCGGACGGUCGACCCAAGCUUUUCUUGCGUCGCUUCUUUUCCUCCAUCGGCCUGAACAGCGUGGGCAGACUUGUGAAGGGAAGCCGUUCCAGUAGCAUGGAACAGCUCAGCAUUCCCGCCGCCGCCAGCAGGUCCAACGCGAGUUCGCCGAGCCCCACACGCAGACGGCAUCCCAGCGUUCGGAUACAGAGGACGCCCUCUCUGCAGAGCCUGCACACGGCCCUGCCACUGGCCCAACUACGUAAAGCCUCCUCUGUGCAGAGUUUAGAGAGGAGAACAGAGCGUACGACCAUUCUGGGUGAGGUGCACAUACCUUACGGCCUAGCGCCAAGUCCUGACAGUCCUCAUCUGGAACCCCACCGGACCCUGAGCGUCGAAGACGUCAUGCCAUCCAGGGUGCUGCGACCAGCGGGGAGGGUUUCUCAGGCCUUUGCGGACGGGUCUCUUCUCCUCGAGCUUAUCAGACCCCCAAAUGGUCCUUUUGGUUUUGUCAUCUCAAGGGGCAAAGGCAGACCUGACACAGGCGUUUAUGUGGAGAAAGUGGGCGACGGAACUGGUGACGUUCCUUACGUGGGUCUCCUGGGCGUGGGGGAUGAGAUUAUUCAGGUGAAUGGGGAAGCGGUGGCAGGACUCAGUCUGGACCAGGUGACCCGGCUCAUGACACGGGAAAGCGUGGCUUCUCUAAGGAUCAUGCCGGCCCGACGUAGCCCACGCUGAAUGAGGGCAACAGACAGCAUCAUCACGACUAUGUAUGAAGAAAGUAUGACUUUGGUGCCAUCUCGUGGUAUCUUUGUGCCAAGAAAAUAUGUUGAAUUGACUUCAAGUUUCACUAGUGCUUUGCCACCAACUGAUGGCAAGUAGCAAUCUUUGGUGGCAGCCUCAACUACUCUUGGCAGUGCUUGGUGGUUCACUGUGCAGUAUUCUGUAUUAUAUGGAUAUG